CCGGUUACUUCCGUGUUGUUAUUUGUGUUACUGCUGACAUGUCUAACAGAUAUGUUGUGUGCUGUCUUUUACUGGCAGGGUUUUGCUUCAUUUCAUGGAAACACUCGUUAAUUGGUGUCAAAGAUGUUCUGAGGUUGGCUGGACGCGGAUUCAUAUUCCUGGGAAUCUGCACAUGGCUGAUUUACAUGUUUCCGAGGUUGAAAUCUUUCUUCUGUCCAGUGUAUCAAGAGCUCCCAGACAGCCCCCUGCAAGAGGCCAAUACACAGAAACAAGAGCAAGUUAGAAGAAUUCAACAACAUCAGCACAAUGACAAGACAUCCGACUAUGCUGAAAGUGUGUUAAAGCCAAGACAGAACUUGUUACUCCAGCAGAAAAUGGAACGAUACCAUCGUAUGACAGGAGAGACCUGGAAACUCAGUCAAGGUUUUCCUGUUGGGGGAGAAGAGGAUCAGAUGUGUCAUGAUGCUGAUGUAGACAAGAACCCUAAUGAAGGAGCCAGGAGGAGACGGAAGCUUCUACAGACUGUUACUCAAGAUCCUGUCCAACAGGAAGUGCCAAAGCAGAAGAAGGUCAUAGUGUUGCCUGACGAGCCGUCAGCGGACACUGAGGGGGUUGUAAAAAUAGCUCUAAGAUGUCCAAGCGGAAGAACGAUCUACAGGAGAUUCCUCAAAACCUGGAAUUCGCUGCUCCUUAGUGACUGGAUGAUGAAGACAGGAUACCAUCCUGCUCUCUAUACGCUGUGUACAUCCUACCCCAGGAAAGUGCUGGUCAUUGCUGCAGACAUGAGCCUGGAGGAGGCUGGCAUUCACGCCAACACAGUGCUGAAUGUGGAGGAAAACGAGCAGUCCAUUACCUAAGAGCACUUCUAUUUUUUGAAAAGCUUUUAUGGACUGGAUGGAGCUAGUUAUGGAUAUCAAUAACAGUGCUGUAAUAUCAUGCACCAGUUGACAGGACUUCUUUCUUUACUUGUGCCAUAAUUGGGAUAAUUAUACUUGAGAAUCAUCUUGUCCAGAUACAAUGUUUUUGUUUUUAAUUAAAUAGGCAUAUACAACAAAUGCUACCAUGCUGUGUAAAGGAUUAAUUUUAUUUAAGAUAAUUUAGCUGUCCAUUACAUUGUUGAUAUGCUAAAAAGUUUAAAGUCACUAUGAUUUUGAGGUGUAUUAAAUUGAUUCCUGAAUCCUUAUAUUCUAUAUAUAAAUAAAUAUAUUCUGCAA